AUGCCAGUUUAUACUCUGAAAGCUAUAGAUAAUUAUUUAAGAGAUAUGAAUAGUAAUAGUAUAUUUGGUGGGAAAAUUAAUGUACCAGGAGGAGAUUUUAGACAAGUUCUUCCAGUUGUUCCCAGAGUUCCUCCUGCUGCUGUACUUGAUGCCUGCCUCAAACGCUCCUCUAUGUGGGAUAAUUUUCAUCAAAUGCAACUUACAUCAAAAUUGAGGAGAACAAAUGCAAAUGAACAAGAUUUUUCGAGAUUGCUACUACAACUUGGAAGUGGAUUUCUUCAAAGCUCUCUUGAUAAUCUUGCAGAAGAUACUAUUGAUAUUCGUGGGGCAUGCAUAUGCAACAAUUCUUCGGUAUCUGAUAUAUUUGACAAUUGUACAACAGAAGAAAUGAAAAAUAGAGUAACCUUAUCCCCUAAAAAUUCAGACUGCUUAGCAGUAAAUGAAGAAAUUCUAAGUAGAUUUCACACUGAAACUAAAACAUAUCUAAGCACCAAUUCAGUAACUUCCGCUAAUGAAGAAGAAGCUCAGAAUUAUCCCAUGAAGUUUAUAAACUAUCUUACACAUUCUGGAAUGCCUCUUCAUCACCUCAACUUAAAAGCUGGAACAAUUAUUAUACUUCCGUACAACGGAACUCGCUUGGAAGUCCUUCAGCUUCAUAAGCAUUGCAUCGAAGCGUCAGUUAUAAGUGGAUUUCAUUCUCACAUGAGACUACUGAUUCCAAGAAUCAAACUUAUUCGAAGCGAUGCAAACAUUCCAUUCAUUCUGCAUCAGACCCAGUUCCCGGUUCGUCUGUCCUAUUCUAUGACAAUCAAUAAAGCACAGGGGCAAACAUUCGAUGAAGUUGGCAUACACUUGCCACAGCCAUGCUUCACUCAUGGUCAGCUUUACGCAGCUCUUUCAAGAGCAAGGGCGAUGAACAGUGUGAGGGUUAAAAUGAUACCUCAAAACGAAUCCACUCAAGAUCGCGGAAGGGGAAUCACCUACAUUAGAAACAUUGUAUAUAGAGAAGUGCUGUAA